UCUUUCCUUAAUUGCAGUCUUCAUCUGCAGACAUAAACAAAACACGCAAGCACGCACGCGGUCACUCGGCACAGACUUGCAUAUAUAAAGUUAUAAACAUUUCAUUCACAUCCCAUCUUCUAAAGAUUUUAUUUAUAACUUCCCUUUAUUCCUAUGACUAUGCCUGGAGAAAAACAAGGUUGUGGCGACUAUGAAGAGGAGGCUUCAGCCACCGGAUGUGGCUGUUUUAGGUUAUUCUGCGGUGGACGGAAAAAAAGCAGCCAAGGAGAAAGUCAUUAUUUGUUACAAGGGAGACAAGUCUACAAGGAAACAUGGUUGGUUACAAAAUUUAAGAAAUUGAAGGAGUUUUCAGAGUUGGUGGCAGGGCCUAAAUGGAAAAACAUGAUAAGGAAAAUUGGCAAGGUUUGUAAUCCUAAGAAGAAAUCUCAGAUGACGACGCAGCUUCAGUAUUCUCCUGGAAGUUAUGCUCUCAAUUUUGAUUGUGGUGGUGAGGAUGAAGAAGAAGAUAAUUUGUUGCACAGUUUUUCAUCAAGGUUUGCAUCUCGUGAUUUCAGCUAUCAACAAAGUAGAGAUGGGUUGUGAUUAUUGAAAAGAAAUAUAUUUAAUUGGUGUAGUUGGUAAUUGAUCAAAUAAUUCUUUUCUUGUAAAAUAGAAAUUAAUUAUGAUUAAAUACAUUGUUCUUGUGCAUAGGGUCAAA